AAAUUGUUUUCGGCGGAAUAACAAAAGAAAAGAAAAGAAAAACGGAUUAGGAGAGGAAAAAAAAAAAAGCUUGUGCGAGAGAAAUGUUAGAACCUUGUUUCUGAUUUUUUUUUCCUCUUCGAUUUUGAUUUUUUUUUCUGUUGUAGUUUUUGUUGUUGUUGCUCUCUCUAUUUUCGAAACGAGAUUGGAGCUCUGACUUUGUGGUUUUUGAAUUUUAUUUUUUGGAUUGUUUUUUCCAAAUUGCUGCAUCGAGCUUGCAAAUGGAGGUUUGGUUCCUGUCAGUGAAGCUCUGAAGAGUUUCUCAUGUAUGCAUGUCUAAUCAGAUUCCGUCCGCAGUUUUUGUAAGGAUGGUAAGUGAGCUUAGUUAUUAUAUUCAUUUCUCAGGAUAUUGGUAUGUAUGGAAAGUUAUACCUAGUGCUGAGACAGAGGCUUUGAGGGUUCUUUGAUGCAGGAACAGGUUGUCGUUCCAUUUCUUUAAAUUUGCUAUGAAAUUUUUGAUUUUGAGCUUUUCAUUUCUGUCGGGGGGCUGGAGUUUGGAGGUAUGGAUCUAUAUUUUCUAUCUUAACUUUUUCAAAUUACUACUAUGUAAAUAUUAUCAAGUCUAUUUUUGUUUUGUUUAGUCUGUUAACAAUUACCAUAAGCAAUUACUGAUUUUACUCCCUAUGAUAUGUGUGUGUUAUGUAAAUUUGUUUCGGCCCCUUGGGUGGAGUACCCUCAGGUAUAGGGUGUUUGGUUUUUCUGAAUCAUGAUGGAAAAAGUGCUGACUUGACGAUAGGUUUGUGUUUGCAGAAAUUGAUAGUUCAAGUGCUUGGGAUGUGGAGAAUCCAUGAUUCACCUGGGGAGGAUAUCACGUUUGUGUGUUAAUUCCUCACAAUGUUUUUUCAGUGCGGUUGAUAUAGGCUGAUCCGAUGAACAAUAAUGUUGGGAAAGGGGAAAAAGGUUUGGCAGAACAAAAUCAUAUGUUUUUUAACAAAAAGAGUCUCAAUAAUGGAGUAGUUAAUGAAGGGGUAGGCUCUGGAUCAUCAACUGAAGAUGACACAAGAUUUAAUAAGGUGGCUGAAGAUGGAAACAAUGGGUUGAGGGGCCUGAUUCAAAUCCAUGGGAGCUUGCAAAUUUCACAACAGCCUCCUCAAGGGCCAGUCGUAUGCUGGGAGAGAUUUCUCCCUGUAAGAUCAAUAAAAGUUUUGCUGGUGGAAGAUGAUGAUUCGACACGCCAUGUUGUGCGUGCUCUGUUACGGAAUUGUAGUUAUGAAGUCACUGCUGUUUCCAAUGGUCUUCAAGCGUGGAAAGUCCUGGAAGAUCCAGAAAAUGGCAUUGAUCUUGUCCUAACAGAGGUAGCUAUGCCUAUUUUGUCUGGAAUAGGUCUUUUGUGCAAGAUCAUGAGCCACAAAACUCUGAAGAAUAUUCCUGUGAUUAUGAUGUCAUCUCAUGAUUCUAUGGGUAUAGUCUUUAAGUGUUUGUCAAAAGGCGCAGUUGAUUUUUUAGUGAAACCAAUUCGGAGGAAUGAACUUAAAAACCUCUGGCAGCACGUUUGGAGAAGAUGCCACAGUUCUAGUGGUAGUGGGAGUGAAAGUGCGACCCACACCAGAAAAUUUGCAAAGUCAAGAAGUAAUGAUGCAUGUGAAAACAAUAGUGACAGCAGUGAUGAGAAUGACUAUGGAAGCAGAGACUUGAGCGUUCGAGAUGGAAGUGGCACUCAGUCUAGUGGUAGUGGGAGUGAAAGUGCGACCCACACCAGAAAAUUUGCAAAGUCAAGAAGUAAUGAUGCAUGUGAAAACAUUAGUGACAGCAGUGAUGAGAAUGACUAUGGAAGCAGAGACUUGAGCGUUCGAGAUGGAAGUGGCACUCAGAGUUCAUGGACUAAAUGUCUAGCUCAAGUUGGCAGUCCUCAUCCGGUUUCACCUCAUAAACAAUUGGUUGAUGCCCCUGAUAGCACUUGUGCCCAAGUGAUGCAAACAAAGACUGAAAAAGUUAGUAGUAGAUGGGUGCAUGCGACAGAAAAAGAGUGCCAUGAACUUAUUGAUCCUCUUGAUGAUGUUGCAAUGGGUAAGGACUUGGCCAUGGGAAUAUCUUUGAAUAUGCGACUAGAGCAUCCACUCAAGGAACUGUCCUGCAAUCCAAUGAUGGGUAAAGGGGCAAAUAAGAUGUCUGAUGUAGAUGAUAUGCAGAUCAUUAAAAGACAGAGCAAUGCCUGUGAAAAAGGACAACUGGAAUACAAUGGUGAUAAAACCAGGACACGGGAAAAUCAGGCUAUGAAUGUUAUUGAUGUUACUGAUAGCAACAGUCCACUCGCUGAAAGCAGAGACUUGAACACUCCAAAUGGGUUUUCUGGUUUUUCACAAUCAAAAGCAAACUGUUGCCCCAAAGAGCAUCCAUCCCUUGAACUAACUUUGGAAAGGCUGGGAGAAGUAAGAGAUGCUAAAAAUUUCACAGGUGAAGAAUGCAAUGUCUUGAGACAUUCAGAUCAGUCAGCAUUCUCAAAAUAUAAUACAGCUUCUGCUAACCAGGCUCAAACUGGAAAUGUAGGAAGCUGUUCCCCACUAGACAAUAGCUCAGCUGCACCAAAUACAGAGACAAUGCACAACUUUGCAUCUCAUUCAAAUGGCACUCCUCCAAAUCAACAAUCUAAUGGGAGCAACAACAUCAAUGACAUGGCCUCCAUUAAUACAUAUCUUGGCACCAAACUUGAUACUUUUGACAAGAAGCCAGAGUCUGGAAGAGGGAUUGGCUCGUUUAAUUCUCGUGAACUCCAAACUCUGCAGAAGAAUAACAUCUGUUCAUCUCAGAAGAAAACUACUGCCCGGGAAGAAUAUACAGAAAUCAUUAAAGAAUCAGUAGGAGGCUCUGAACAUGGAUUCCAAGUCGAGCACACUUACUAUCAGCUUCACCAUUAUAAUCACAUUGCCCAUAAAGCUGCAGUAGAUCUCCAAUCAGAUCAUGAUCUCUUACUGAAAAGCUCAACUCAGCAAUGUGUAUCAUCAAAUGCAUUUGGAGGGCCAGCAGAAAGUAAUGCUGCAAACUAUGGUGUGGAUGGAAAUGCAGCGGAGAGUGAUCAUGGGAGCAAUAAUGGACAGGAUGGAAGCAACACCUUGACAAUCAGAAUGAUAAAUAUGGAAAAUGGCAAUGUGGCUGCUGGGAGCAUUGGAAUUGGUGGCAUUGAUAGGAAAAGCUUUGGGAAUGGGGCAGAUGAAGGACGGCUUGCAUUGAGAGAGGCUGCCUUGACCAAAUUUCGUCUAAAGAGAAAAGAAAGAUGCUUUGAGAAGAAGGUUCGAUAUCACAGCAGGAAAAAACUAGCAGAACAGCGGCCACGUAUUAGGGGACAAUUUGUCAGACGAAUAGUGUCUGAAGGCAAAGAAGAAAAAGAUAAACAAAGUGACAACCUGGUUCCUGGGGAUAAUUCUAUCGACAUUCCUCAAUAGCACCAGACAAAGUGGUGAUCAUUAUUUGACUGAUUCCGUUCCAUUAACUGCCUCUAGCUUCUUGCUAGCAGACCAGCUUUUCACACGUUCACCUAGGAAGGAGCUUGGAGGUUUGUGUUAGAGGAAUCUGUGAUUAGGUAGUUUAAUUUUAUCUCUAUUGUGUGAAAAUCAGACAUUUAAUUUGAAUCUUCCAAGACAAUGUUCUAGAUUCUGUUUAUGGUUGUCUGAACUUUAAAACUCCAAAUGGACCCAUGGAAGUGGUUACCUUUGGAUAGGUUAACCUCUGAUGAAAUAAAAUUUAUCAUGUUA